AUGGUUGUACUAACGGUGCUGGACUUAAGAAAGAACAAUUUCACAGGGAGUCUUCCCCCAUUAUGUGCACACAACACUUCAUUGAGUACCAUUUUCAUAAAUGGUAAUCGAUUUGAAGGACCUGUUCAUGUGUCGUUGCUCAAUUGUAAUGGUCUACAAGUCCUUGAUGUGGGGAACAAUGCUAUAAAUGACACCUUUCCAGCUUGGCUCGGAAUUCUUCAAGAGCUGCAGGUCCUUAUAUUAAAGUCGAACAAGUUCCAUGGACCUAUAACUACGUGUCAGACUAAGUUUUGCUUUCCCAAGUUGCGAAUUUUUGAUCUUUCUUGUAAUGAUUUCAAUGGCUCACUUCCAGUAAAAGUUUUUGGACGCUUCAAGGCAAUGAUCAAACUAGAUGAUGAAGACACAAGAGAGAUCAAGUACAUGGAAUCUACGUUAUAUUUGUUAUUUGUCAGAUCGUAUGAGGAUUCAGUGAGUUUGGUAAUUAAAGGGCAGGAUAUUGAGCUACAAAGAAUCAGCACAAUUAUGACAACCAUAGAUCUCUCAAGCAACCAUUUUGAAGGUGUUAUUCCGAAAGCACUAAAGGAUCUCAGGUCACUUUGGCUACUCAAUUUAUCCCAUAACAAUCUCAUAGGUCAUAUUCCAAUGGAAUUGGGGCAAUUGAAUACACUUGAAGCUUUAGAUCUCUCCUGGAAUCGGCUCACUGGAAAGAUUCCGUAG